UCAGCAGCUGCUGCAGUCGCCGCAGCGAGGCGGCCUCGGUGGCGGCUCCGUGGCGCUGGGAGGGUCCCGCCGGACGGGGAGGCUCCGAUCCCGGGCUGCCCCGGCCCCUGUGGCAGCCUGGAGCGCCCGCUAGCGCCGCCUCGCCCGGCCCGGGCACCAUGGGGAACCAGCUGGCGGAGAUCGCGCCCGCGCCGCCCUUCCUGCCGCACUUCCAGGCGCUGCACGUGGUGGUGAUCGGGCUGGACGCGGCCGGCAAGACCUCGCUGCUCUACCGGCUCAAGUUCAAGGAGUUCGUCAGGAGCGCGCCCACCAAGGGCUUCAACAUGGAGAAGAUCCGGGUGCCGCUGGGGGGCUCCCGCGCCAUCGCCUUCCAGGUGUGGGACGUGGGCGGCCAGGAGAAGCUGCGGCCGCUCUGGAAGUCCUACACCCGCCGCACGGACGGGCUGGUCUUCGUGGUGGACUCGGCGGAGGGGGAGCGCAUGGAGGAGGCCAGGGUGGAGCUGCACCGGAUCACCCGGACUUCGGAGAACCAGGGCGUCCCCGUGCUCAUCCUGGCCAACAAGCAGGACCUGCCGGGGGCGCUGGCGGCCUCCGAGGUGGAGAAGCUGCUGGCCCUGCACGAGCUGAGCGCCUCCACCCUCAGCUGCACGCAGGGCUGCAGCGCGGUGGACGGGCUGGGCCUGCAGCAGGGGCUGGAGAAACUCUACGAAAUGAUCCUCAAGAGGAAGAAGAUGCUGCGGCACAGCAAGAAGAAGCGAUGAGCAGCCCCCGGAGCUUGCCCCAGCCCCACCCAGCUGCCAGGGCAUCGCUUGAUGGGUGCAGGGUGAGCGGCUCCCGUGCCAGGCCUGGCUCACCCAGCGUGGCUACACCUCCCAUGUAGGCAAGGACUUGACUUUGUUACGGGACAGCGCCACACUCCGUCCUGUGUGCCUGCCCCGUGAACUCUCACACAGGACUUGGGACGGCUCCAGUGGGAGUGUGCUAGAGGGACUGCCGGUGCGCUGACAGGACACACAAGUGCCACAGCCAGACUGAGAGCAAUGGCCCCUAGUGUGUCAAAAUCAAAUUUACAGAGAGGGAGGGUGGGGUUAGGAGAUUGCAACCUGGUGGCAACUUGCAUUAGAUGAAAACACUGCAAGUGGGUUUUCUAGGCAUGGGGGUGUUAACUUCCAUCAUUGCUACAGGAAAGGUGGGGGAGGGGAAUCUUUGUAUUACUGGGAUUUUUUUUUAUAAACCAUGUGUAUUUUUUUUGUAGGAGGAACUAAACAUAAGUUAUUAAACAGACAGACUGGAUAGCUGGGAGUGGCUUUGAGUCUUCACUUCCAUACUGUCCGAGUUCAUACUUUGUCAAGAUUCCACUUGGCUGGAUCAGGACAAAAGGUACUUUGGGAUUAGAGGCAGGGCUGCCUUUUAUUGAAACCAAGGACCUGUGCUAAACAGUUGGCUGGUCUUUAAGGAAAGAAGGCUUUAAAGUGACAGAAAUCUAAUCUAUCCUUGUCUCCACGCUAAGGGAGUGAGCUCUUGUGGGGGUCGAAAGAAACCAACCAAAUCUCUGGCUGCUGCACUAAUGAACAGUAACAAAAACAUGACCCGAUGGGUUUUUUCCAGGGCUGGUAAGCCCCUGCAGCUCCCGUUCAUGCCAGCAUUUGCUGUUUUAUGCAGCAUCUGGAGUUAUAACUAGUGAUGAGACACGUUUUGCAAAGGAGAGAUAUUAAGCCUCAGGCUGUAGGUUUAAACCUGUCUUGAACUCCUGGAGACCAGGAUGAGCCCUGAUGUGGGGGUUGGGGGGUCUGUAAAGCAAAUUAUUUCACUCUGCUACUGCGAUGUUCUACCUUCCUCUGAUGCAUCUGGUGCUGGUGUGGCAAUUCCUACUACCCUGUCCGUGGUAAAUCUCAAACAUUGCUCCCCUGAAACGCUAGACCUAAGUUACCGCUGAGCAGGUGUCAUGGGUGAAAAUGAGCUUGGAGCCUUUAAGUAACUGGGAAAAGCCCAAGGUUUCUUCCUUCCCUCACACCCAACUGGCUGGGAUCAGAUGUGCUACCCUGUCCCUGGGUCCCUUUCUGGUAGCGGCUGGGCUGUUCACAGGCUAUAAACG